AUGAUUUCUUCAAAAGCCGCAUCUACUUCUCAAGCUCAUGUUGUGAACCAAGUAUUAGCUGCCAUAAUCCAAAACCGACCAUUCGACUCCCAUCUUGCAAAAUCUCCCUCUCUAACCCAUCACUUUUCAAAUCCACCAUGGGCGAAUGAGCUCAUCACCAAUGUCCUAAGAUCCAUUCCAAGAUUCUUCUUUCAAUCUCCAAGAUCCAUCGGGCGUCAAAACACUUUCAGACACCGAGCUCCUCUCAAACAAAGAAACCUCCAUCAAGAAUCAAUCAAAAUCCAUAACCACACGCUUCUUCUUGGACCAGGUGCUUACAGAGACCCACAAAAAGUAACCUUAGGUUUAAACAAAGCUCUUGAGUUUUAUUACUGGGUCGAAUCCCAAUUUGGGUUUAAUCAUACCGAAAUAACUUGUAGAGAAAUGAGUAUCAUUCUAGCUAAAGGUAACAGAUUGAAAGAUCUUUGGAACUUUCUCAAAGAUAUGUCAAGAAGAAACACUGGCAAUCUAAUUACAACCACGACCAUGACCUGUUUGAUAAAAGUCCUAGGAGAACAAGGGCUAGCAAAUGAAGCAUUAGCUGCAUUUCACCGAAUGAAACAAUUCCAUUGUAAACCAGACAUUUACUCAUAUAACACAAUAAUCAAUGCAUUAUGUAAAGUCAACAACUUCAAAAUGGCUAAGUUUUUAUUCGAACAAAUGGAGUUACCAGGGUUUAGGUGUCCACCUGAUACUUUCACUUACACAAUCAUGAUUAGUUCAUACUGUAAACUCAGCUUACAAACCCAAUGUAAAAAAGCUAUUCGAAGGAGAAUGUGGGAAGCUAAUCACUUAUUUCGGAUCAUGUUGUUUAAGGGUUUUAAGCCUGAUGUUGUGACAUACAAUUGUUUGAUUGAUGGUUGUUGCAAGACUUAUAGAAUCGAAAGAGCUUUGGAAUUGUUUGAUGAUAUGAUGAAACAAGGUUGUUUUCCAAAUCGUGUGACUUAUAAUUCUUUUAUAAGAUAUUAUUGUGUUACUAAUGAGAUUGAUAAGGGUGUUGAGAUGUUGAGGAAGAUGGAAGAUUUGAAACAUGGGGUAGCAAGUACUAGUUCUUAUACGCCUAUUAUUCAUGCGUUUUGUGAAUGUGGAAGGGUGUUAGAGGCAUGGGAUUUUGUUAUUGAAUUGGUUGAUAGAGGAUCAAUACCUAGAGAAUAUACAUAUAGAUUGGUUUAUGGGAUGUUGAAAUCUUUAGGGAGAAUGGAUUUGUUAGAUAAUGUGAUUUGUGGAAGAAUUGAAGAGGGGAUUAAGAAUAGAUAUAAACAUGUGAUGAAAGUGAAACCAGUUAUGUCUGAGCCACAAUUUAUUUUAGAAUAA